AUGGGUAUAAUCUGUUUAACUGUCGCUGUGUUUGUAUUUUCAAAUAUUGUUUUAUCGACCGCGAUUCCGACUACUACUUUUAUGAAAGGCAGUGAUGCACUACUAUCAGCUCCGCUUAUAGAUGGGCACAAUGAUUUACCCUAUUCUUUAUACCUUAUCGCCAAUAAUGAUUUAAGUAAUUUUCAAUUUGAAAAGAAUCUAACAGAUGAUAAAACUUGGGGAAAAGAUACUUGCAAAGCAUGUGUGACCGAUUUACCACAUUUAACUGCAGGAAGAGUAGGAGCGCAGUUUUGGGCAGCAUAUGUUGAUUGUAAAUCACAAUACAAAGAUGCAGUUGAACUAACUCUUCGUCAAAUUGAUGUAAUUAAAAGAUUAGUAAAAAAAUAUUCUGAUAAGUUAGAAUUUGUAUCAGUAGCCGAUGAUAUUGAAUUCACUUGGAAAAAGGGAAAAAUUGUUUCUAUGAUUGGUAUUGAAGGAGGACACUCGCUCGACUCAAGUUUAGCAGUUUUACGACUCUAUUAUGAACUUGGUGUACGAUAUCUUACAUUGACUCAUACAUGUAAUACUCCAUGGGCAGAUGCCUCAUCAAUAAAUGAUCAAUUCAUGUAUAAUCUUACAGAAUUUGGGCAGAUUAUAGUUUGGGAAAUGAAUCGAUUAGGAAUGAUGAUUGAUCUUUCGCACGUAUCGCAUAAUGUUAUGCGCAACGUACUUAGUAUUUCAAAAUCACCAAUUAUUUUUUCACACUCAUCAGUGUUUACACUUUGUAAUAAUUAUAGAAAUGUUCCUGAUGAUGUUUUAUAUCAAGUAAAAAUAAAUAAUGGUAUUAUAAUGAUUAAUUUUUAUAACAGUUUUGUAAACUGUGAUAAAUCGAGAAAUGCUACGCUAGAAGACGUUGUCGCUCAUAUCAAUUACGUCAAAAAUCUUAUUGGUAUUGAUCAUGUGGGAAUCGGUGCUGAUUACAAUGGUGUUACAGAGACACCAAUAGGUCUCGAGAACGUCUCGAAAUAUCCUGCAUUAUUUGAUCGUCUUUACGCCAAUAAAGAGGGUGAGACAGAGUGGAGUAAAGACGAUCUUGAAAAACUAGCUGGAAGAAAUUUGAUCAGAGUCUUCAAGGAAGUCGAAAGUGUUCGUAACUCAAUGAGAUUUCAGUUACCUUAUGAAAAUAUUAUUAGCGGCAACGAACUCAGAGUUGCUCAAGAAAACGAAAAAUUGAAACCGGGUCUUUGUCAGACAGCAAAAGAAUGGAACAAUGUAAAGGAAAAGCUUGAAUUGUAA